GCUAAAGUGAGACUGCAAAUGCCCAUGUUUUACCCAGGUGUCAAAAACGUGAUCGUGAUGCAUACAAUACCUAUAAGGACCUGUCACUUCCCCCGAAUCUCGACCAUCAACGGUCAUCAUUUUCAGACAAGCUCACGAAAACUCGAGUCCUAUGUUCAGAAGAACAGCAGCACAGCAUAUUCCUUUCGGGUGACGUGCCGUGACUCGGUCGAACAAAAGCAAUACUACAGUGCAGUACCUUUCUCAUGUUCCACUGAUACCACGCUCCCCUCAUUAACUCGUCGAAUUUCGUCCUUUCCAACUCGCGAGAAGCCACUUGUCGCAUUUGCAUUGCAUGCACGAGAUGAGCUACCAAGCAAGGAGGAGUCAAGACUCUGUCUUUGGACACUCCUGAGGUCGAUCACAGCCACCCAGAUGUAGUGAUGCACGGGAUUUCCUAAAAAAGAAAAUCCUGAUAAUGUCGUGGCUGAUUGUGGCUGCUGCCAUUGACCAACCAUGAAGUCCUCUUACUCUCUUAUUGUCUUUUUUGCAUACUCACGACUUUUGAGUAUCUUCCACGACGUUUUAUGUUGCCACCUCCUGGUGACCUCCUGUGUUCUUUUCUUUGAAAAUAUCUUUAAUUAUGCUCGAAUUACAUUUCCGAUUACUCGACCAUCUAUCAGAAGAAACCUUGUCUUUAACAAUGUGUGGGCUUGUUCACGCGUCUCAUUCUCGAUCUCGCUGAAUCCCGAAGCCACAGCCACAAUACACUUAUUCUUUUCCCCGGGCUGGACCUUAUAUUUCUUUUUCGCCCUCGCUAUCUGAAUGGGUUUGUGUUGUGUGGAGAUAUAUGCGAAAAGAGACAGCUCAUACUUGUCACACCCCUCCACCCUUCAUACUAAAGAGAUCCUGCGUCUUCGUCGACUCUGGAUUGGUGUGACUUUUGGUAUACCGUCGCUGCUGGAUUUGCAAGUUCCACCAGCAGGAUUGUCCAUCCCACACAGUUUCUGUACAUCCGUCCGCAAACAGGCCCCGUCACAAUGGUUUACCUGGGAAAAGAAACAAGGUCCGCGAAUAUAGUGUCUCUAGUCAUAUCUAUGCUCUCGAUAGCUACACUUUCGGUUUGCCUAUGUGAGUCUUGACCGAACGGCCGUUGGAUUGCAGACUGACGAUUGUAUCAGCCCGCAGAGUAGAAGGUCUCCGGAAAUGGAGAAGACUGCCUCCCGUAUGCUGGUGUGAGUAUCGCUAGAUACGAUCACAGAACAAGUUUGCUAAUGCCGGUUCAGUGAUUCUGGCCAUUUACAUCGAUUCGAUCAUAUUUGCAAUAGGAAGCUCGAUAAUUUCUCAUGGUUUUGGAGUCGACUCCUCUCCUAGGAUUUGCAAGGACGCGAUAGUUCUCUGUUUAGCCUGUUAUAUGACAACAAAGGUAUUGCUACAAUCUUGCUGUGCUUAGCGUUCACCGAUGCUGACAGUCUAUAGGUGGUAUGUGAUUGAGUGUUCAGAUAUAAAUCAGGAGGUUUCCAUGCUGAUUUGAAAGUUCAUUUAUUAUUUCUUGGUUGAACGCGUGGUAAGCCCUUCCAUAUCCUCGCCUGUUAUAUCACUUAUUUGAUUCUUCUAGUACAUCAUUCGACGACCAGGGAAACCCAGAUGGAGAGAUGGCAGAUACAGGUUCAAUUUUCUUUUCGCCAUCGGUAAUUUAUACCUAUGGGAUGUGCUAAUUCAUGUAACUGACAAUUACCAGUUCCAUAUAUCGUCGUCGUUGUGCUUAAUGUCGUAUUGUAAGACGCAAGGAAUGAUCGAAAUUGACUUCACAUAUUGACCUACCAUAGCCGCUUCGCGACUUUUGACAACGGGGAAUGCAGAAUCGGCAUGGAAACAGCGCCGAUGGUUGCAUUGAUUCUCGUCGACUUUUUCGUCAAUGUAUGUAGUCCUUGAUCUCGUAAUAACCCGGGGAAACGCUCACUAAUUAUGCGUGGUAGUGUGUUUUGACGGUGCAGUUCCUGGCUCCGCUUUCAGGUAAGUGACGUUUAAUGCCAUGGUUCGAACUAGUCACUAACUCAGAUAGGGCUCUUGUCGUUCAAGAAGAGUCAAAAGUCAAAAGUACGUACUGUUGCCUUCCGUACCUUGGUCGGCAGCACCGUAUCUUUGAUUUCAAGUCUCGUGUAAGAAUCGACAUCUUUCGCUCCCAGUAACCAACCCUAAGCUAAUACUGUUAGCAACUUGGCAGUAGUAGCUGCCCUGAAGGGUGAGCCGGGAUGGAUAUGUCUCAUGUGUUGUAACCUCGAUAGCAAGUCUCCAUCUAGCCCUCAUUCCAUUCACAUCUAAUUCAUACAUCCAGUCCUCCUCACAGUCCUCGUCCUCCACUGGGUAACCUCCAAAGACAACGCUUCCACCACUCCAUCUCAUCCCUCGUUUCCCAAUCAACAGCCGCCCUCGCGUUCCUCCCGGCCCAGACGUACCCAAACACCUCACCCAGAUAUCGAGAAUUUCGAGGUUGGACUAAGCGAUUACAUGCGGAAAGGAGGGGUGACAACGCUUGUGACAGCUGCGAGUCAUGAUUUUGAUGAGGACGAAGAUGGAGAUGGAAUACGAGGGGGAGUGCCGCCAAACACUAUCAAAGUUGAGUACGAACAUACCCAGGAAGUUGUUGAGGUUGUGGAGCUUGUUGGGGAUAGGAGGGAUUUCGCAGAGGAGAAGGAGAGGGAGGCGUCUGGUAGUCGUAGUCAGGAACGCGAGGCAUGCUCAGAAGACAGUAAAUGGAGGAGGGAUAGUUUGGCUGCAUUGUGUUAGUGGGGUUUGAUAUGUAUGAUGGUGGAUUUGUAUUUCUAAAUGAGGUCUUGAUUGACGAUAUGGAGUAUGGCGUGGAUUGGUUGGAUGGAUCUGGGGAGUUAGUGGGGCUUAUUUUGG